AUGGACGCAAACGACUUCCGGCAAGCGGCCACGGCCACGAUUGAGGAGAUCAUCCAGUACUACGGCAGUCUGGGCGGCCGGCCGGUGGUGUCGACGGUCGAGCCAGGCUACCUGCGGCGGUUGCUGCCGGCGGCGGUGCCGGAGCAAGGGGAGCCAUGGUCGGCGAUCCAGGCAGACGUGGAGGACAAGAUCGUGCCAGGGCUGACACACUGGCAGUCGCCCAACUUCUUUGCCUUUUUCCCAUGUCCGUCGAGCUACCCGUCGAUCCUGGGCGAGCUAUACUCGGCCACGUUUGCGGCGGCGGCCUUUAACUGGAUCUGCAGCCCGGCCAUCACGGAGCUGGAGACGGUUGUGAUGGACUGGCUGGUGCAGCUGCUCGGUCUGCCGGCCGACUUUGCGAGCACGGGGCCAACGGCCGGCGGUGGCGUCAUCCAUGGCACCGCGUCUGAAGCCGUGCUGACCAUGAUGACUGCUGCUGCCGACAAGUAUCUGCGCGCCGUUCUGGCCGACGCGGUCGUCGGCUGCUCCGACGAAGCUGUCGAGGACCUCCGUGCCGACCGUCGUGGCCGCCUCGUGGCUCUCGGCAGCGCUGCCGCCCACUCGUCCACCAAAAAGGCCGCCCGCAUCCUCGGCCUGCGCUACCGCUCUGUGCCCGUCGCUCCGGCCGACGGCUAUCGCAUGACCGCCACAGCUCUCCGCCAGACCCUCGCCGACGUCCGCGCUGCCGGACUGGAACCCUUCUUCCUCACCGCCACCUUUGGCACCACCGACACCUGUGCCGUCGACGACUUUGCCGGCAUCGCCGACGUCCUCGAACAGGACCGCCGGCUGGCCCAACAACAGUCCCAGAAACAGACCCUCCCAGAGGUCUGGGUCCACGUCGAUGCUGCCUAUGCUGGAUCGGCUCUCGUGCUGCCUGACCAGCAGGCCGCCUUUGCCCCUGCCGCUGCCGGCACCGACAUCCUCCGUCGCUUCCACAGCUUCAACUUCAACAUGCACAAGUGGCUGCUCACCAACUUUGACGCCUCCUGCGUCUUCGUUCGCCGCCGUCGCUGGCUCGUCGAUGCCCUCAGCGCCGAUGCCCACUACUACCGCAACGAUUACAGCGAUGGCGGCUUAGUCACCGACUACCGCGACUGGCAGCUGCCCCUCGGUCGUCGCUUCCGCAGCCUCAAAAUCUGGUUCGUCCUCCGCACCUACGGUCGAGACGGCCUGCGUGCUUAUAUCAGCCGCUCCAUCCGCCUCGGCGAGCGCUUUGCUGCCGCACUGCCCCCUGAUCUCUUCGAUAUCAUCACCGGCCCCCGCUUCGCCCUCACUGUCUUCCGCUGUGCCCCUCGUGACCCCGCCGAGGACCCCGCCGCCACCUCCGAUCGCACCCGCCGCGUCUACGAGGCCGUCAACGCCGGCGGUCAGAUCUGGGUCACCAGCACCAGCCUCGAGGGCAAGGGCGCGGCCAUCCGCGUCAUGACCGGAAACUACCUCACCGAGGAGAAACACGUUGACGGCGCCAUCGCCAUCUUCAUUGCCGCCGCCCGUCAGGCUCUUGCUGACGAGGACAAAAAGCAAGCAGCCCACCAACCCGACCUCAAAAUUUAG